AUGGCGUCUCGCGAGCCGUCUCGAUUCCUGUCAACGGGAAUCUCCCGGGCGUUUACAGCAUCGAAACGCUCGCAAUGCCUGGUUUUCACUCGCAAUGCCUCCGGACAGGCAGCAUCCGAUGUCGAAUCAGCAUCAUCUCUAGGAGCAACUGUUCCAGAGUCUGUUAUUAAAUCAUACGACCCAAUUGCACGCGCGAGUGCACGCAAGGGCAGGCUUCCUCCUGGCCGAUACCAAUUCCGCUCUCCCAAAUACGACCGAGGACCCCUUCACCCCCAUCAGCCGCCUCCCCCCUCAGACCCUUCUUCGCGACUCUACAUUCCCGGUCCUUUCUCUCUUCCUCGCCUCCAGCAGACCUACGAUUCCACCAUAGCUUCAGACAUACUGGCGCUUUGCUACGUGCAUAUGCCACCAGGCUUCAAACCGCCUCCGAAAGCACCUCGUCUGCGUUCAUGGGAUGGCAGCUCUCCAUACCACAAAAACCGAUCUCUGCGUGGCCCCCGCGGUGGUGACGUGCUACGCCUGUUGCGGAAACCCAUCACGUUUGGAAACAUACCUAAAGUUGAACGCGUCACUAUCCACAGUUAUGUGAAACGUGCAGCUACCGAAGGCUCGCAGUAUCUGCAUGUUGCCGGUAUGGCAGUGCAGGCUAUUUCCAACGUCCGUGUUGAGACCUACAAGUCCAAGGCCAGUGUCUCCCCCUGGGGUAUUGCUCCCGGCCGUGACACUGUUGCCGUAAAGGCAGAGCUGUACAAUGAGAAUAUGCAACAUUUUAUCAGCAAGUUGGUCGAAGUCGUCCUGCCCAGGAUCAAGGAAUGGAAAGGUAUCAAGGGAACUAGCGGUGACAGCAGUGGAAACAUCACUUUUGGUUUGGAGCCAGAAGAGGUCGCUCUUUUCCCAGAAAUCGAAGUCAACUACGACAUGUACCCUCCCAAGAUGAUUCCCGGUUGCCACGUCACUUUACAUACCUCUGCCACCAUGGAUAAAGAUGCGAGACUGCUCCUUAGCGCACUAGGCAUCCCCUUCCACGGCAAAUUUGUCGAUUAG